AUGGCCGACGCCGCCACCAAGUGUGGGCUGCUUGCCUGCGGCGCGGCCGUGGGCGCGGCCGUCGCGUGGAAGCUCGCGCACCGCCCCUACACGCCGCCCAAGAAGUGGACGGCGCCCGCCGGCGGCUCAGGAGGCAAGUGGGCGUCGAUCAAUGCCGAGACGUCGGGCGCGCGCGAGGAGAAGGCGCUGCCGGUCGGCGACCACGACGUCCAGCUCUACAGCCUUGGCACGCCGAACGGCGUGAAGGUGACGAUCCUCCUCGAGGAGCUCGUCGGCAUCCUCCCGGGCUUCGAGUACGACGCGUGGCUCACGAAGAUCGGCGGCGACCAGUUCGGCAGCGGCUUCGUGGCCAUCAACCCGAACAGCAAGAUCCCCGCGCUCUACGACCGGUCGACGGAGACGCGCGUCUUCGAGUCGGGGUCGAUCCUCGUCUACCUCUGCGACCGCUACGACACGAAGGGCGAGUUCCUGCCGCUCGAGGGCCCGGAGAGGACGGAGUGCCUGAACUGGCUGUUCUGGCAGAUGGGUUCCGGCGGCUACCUCGGCGGCGGCUUCGGCCAUUUCUACUCCUACGCGCCGGUCAAGAUCAAGUACGCGAUCGACCGCUUCACGAUGGAGGCGAAGCGCCAGCUCCACCUCCUCGACUCCGUGCUCGCGACGAAGAAGUUCCUCUGCGGCGAACGCUUCACCAUCGCGGACAUGGCCGUCUACCCCUGGUACGGCAAGAUCGCCCAGGGCUCGCUCUACGGCGCGAAGGAGUUCCUCGACGUGGAUACCUAUCCGAACCUGAUCCGCUGGGCCGAGGACUGCGCGGCGCGGCCCGGCGUCGUCCGCGGCAACAAGGUGAACCGGACCUGGGGGAAGCAGGCGGACCAGCUGCACAACCGCCACGCGCGGUCCGACUUCGACGCGCUCCCAAAGGACGAGUAA